CCUCCAGAAGGACUCAGACCAUCAUCCCCACAGCGAGCAGACAUCUCUCUGACUGGAGUUUACUUUCUCUCAUUCUGAUCAACGGGAUUAUCUGGGUUUCUCUGGACAGUAACGUUGACAGCGCAAUAGGGAAAUAUUAAUCCACGUGUAGUCUCGCUGCGAAUGAAGUGUGUGUUGUACAGAUAGUUUGAAAAGCCUGACUUUAUAAACCAGUGUGGGAUUUACUGAGUGGAGGUACAGGGGCUCCGGCGCCCGGACGCACCAGAGGAUCCCUCCGCUUUACGCAGCUGUCUGGAGUCAUCGCCUCACUUUGGUGAAUCACUCACCGCGUUCACUUCCCGAACUCGGCCGGUGACCACACGCCGGUGAGACCAGCCAUGCUGCAGAAUGGAAACGGAAAGGAACAACCGGGGAAACCGAUUCAAGCGCCGAUUGCCGAGGCAGAGGCGGACUCCCCGGCCGACGAGCCCGAACACCCGCAGCAGCAGCCGGAGCUGUCCGCUGCCGGCAGGACGGACCCGGGCACCGAGUCCACGCUCUUCCCCCUGCCCGGCCACCCCAAACUGGAGAUAAAGCGCCACGCAGUGACGGACGAUUACAAAAUCUCCACUCAGGUCCUGGGUUUAGGGAUCAAUGGCAAAGUGCUGGAGUGCUCCAACAAGAAGACCGGACAGAAGUGCGCUCUGAAGAUUCUGUACGACAGCCCCAAAGCCAGACGAGAAGUGGAGCUUCACUGGCGAGUGUCAGGAGGGCCGUACAUUGUCCGCAUCCUCAACCUGUACGAAAACAUGCAUCAUGGGAAAAAAUGCCUGCUCAUCGUCAUGGAGUGUAUGGAGGGAGGAGAGCUGUUCAGCCGAAUCCAGGCCAGAGGAGACCAGGCCUUCACUGAGAAAGAGGCAUCUGAGAUCAUGAGGGACAUGAGCACGGCCAUCCAGUUUCUCCACGACUUUAACAUCGCACACAGAGACCUAAAGCCAGAGAACCUGCUGUACACAACUAAACAGAAAAACGCGGUCCUCAAACUGACAGACUUUGGCUUCGCUAAGGAGACCACGCUGCACAAUCCACUCCAGACCCCCUGUUAUACACCGUACUACGUGGCUCCUGAGGUUUUAGGUCCGGAGAAAUAUGACAAGUCAUGUGACAUGUGGUCUCUGGGCGUCAUCAUGUACAUCCUGCUGUGCGGCUUUCCUCCGUUUUACUCCAACACGGGUCAGGCAAUCUCACCGGGGAUGAAGAGGAGGAUCAGAAUGGGCCAGUACGAGUUCCCCAAACCAGAGUGGGCUGAGGUGUCACAGGAAGCUAAAGAUCUGAUUCACCAGCUCUUGAAAACAGACCCUAAUGAGAGAAUGACCAUCGUUCAGUUCAUGAACCACCCCUGGAUCAAUCAGUCGAUGGUGGUCCCCUCCACUCCUCUGCACACCACCCGGGUCCUCACCGAAGACAGAGAGAUGUGGGAGGACGUGAAGGAAGAGAUGACCAGUGCUCUAGCGACCAUGCGUGUGGACUACGACCAGGUGAAGAUCAAGGAUCUCGACACGUCGAGCAACCCCCUGCUCAACAAGAGGCGUAAGAAGGCUGCGGCAGGCGGCAAGGGCGGGUCCACUGUCUGCCAAAGUCAGUGAGACACAGACGACCAUAGAUGGGAAAUCCACAAGAAAAGCUGUAGAGGAUAUUUCAGAGAGCUGCUCGGGACCCUAGAGAGACUGGACGUGGAGGGGGUGUUCUUUGAGAUAAAGGGACGACAUAGGAACAACAGCAACGUCACAACUGAACAUUAAUAGAACAUAUCAAGAUGUGAAAUCCACUGUGUCGCCUGCCACUGGUAGAAAGCAUCAGCCCUGCUCACUGCAGGCCCGUCUGUUUUAAAUUAUCUUAUGUAUGUAAUUUUUAGAUCCUGGCUGCAGACACCAUAUACUUGUAUGGAUAAUAUUUUGUGUAUUUGAAUGCUGGAUUGCCUGACGCAUGGACUAUAUAUAAAGAUGGACGACAUGACACCUCCCCAAGCCAAAGCCACUCAAUCUUUACCUGAUGGCUGGCUGCAGUAUAGGUCAUAAGCCCCAUGUUAGUGGAUGGGACAUGGACCAAACUACAAAGUGAAAGUACACAUCAGAUACAUUUUUCUCAAAGAUGAUGUCUGUUAUUUGAGGUCG